AUGAAGAAAGUGGAGAUAUCUCUUAUUAUGAGUGGAAUUCAAUGGAAAAAAUUUCGAUCAAAUUUUUGUGAUUUUGUUGGUCACCUUGUAAAACAGUGCCAAUAUUCUAUCAUAUAUGAUCAAUAUUUAAUGGAUAACAUGAUAUCACUUUUAACAGGUUUAUCAGAAUCCCAAGUUCGAGCAUUUAGACAUACAGCUACACUUGCAGGUAAUUUAUUGUCUACUCCAAUUAAUUAUAAAAUAUAUUAUACUCAAUUUUCAUUAAAUUUCAGCCAUGUUGAUGUCGCAUUAAUUGUGUCUGUUAAUUUGGAUAAUACUCAACGUCAAUAUGAAGCUGAGCGUCAAAAAGCUAGAGAUAAAAGAACAAGUGAUCGUUUAGAAUCAUUAAUGGCUAUACGACAAGAACUUGAAGAAAAUAUGGAUGAAAUUAAAAAUAUGUUGACAUAUAUGUUCAAAUCUGUAUUUGUUCACAGAUACAGGGAUACCUUACCAGAAAUUAGAGCAAUAUGUAUGGCAGAAAUUGGAUAUAUUGGUUGGACAUUGCAUGAUAAAGUUGGUGAAGUACGGUUAAAAUGUUUACAGGCCUUGCAACCUUUAUAUGCUUCUGAAGAAUUAAAAAGUAAAUUGGAACUUUUCACAUGUAAAUUUAAGGAUAGAAUCGUGGCAAUGAAAUUAGAUAAAGAAUACGAUGUUGCAGUUGAAGCUGUCAGAUUAGUCAUCAGUAUUUUAAAACAUCAUCGCGAUAUCUUAUCAGAUAAAGACUUUGCUCAAGCUGCUGGAGAGUUUUUAAAUGAACGUUUAUUUAAACCAGAAGAAGAUACAAAAACUGUGAGAACAAAACGAGGAAAAAAACGUUUACCAAACACACCUUUGAUACGAGAUUUAGUUCAGUUCUUCAUUGAAUCAGAAUUGCAUGAACAUGGAGCCUAUUUGGUUGAUUCGCUGAUCGAUUCUAAUGAAAUGAUGAAAGAUUGGGAAUGUAUGACUGAUUUAUUGUUAGAAGAGCCUGGUUUAAGUGAAGAGAGAAUGGAUGAUAGACAAGAAACGAGUUUGAUUGAAUUGAUGGUGUGUUGUAUUAAACAAGCGGCAACUGGAGAAGCACCUGUUGGGCGAGGACCAAAUAGAAAGAUGAUGUCAGUAAAAGAAAUUAAACAAGUUCAAGAUGAUAAGCAGCGGUUGACUGAACAUUUUAUAAAAGUGUUACCCCCAUUAAUUGAUAAAUAUAGAGCAGAUGCUGACAAACUUAUUAAUUUGUUAUCUAUACCUCAAUAUUUUGAUUUGGAUAUUCAUACAACAUCUAGACAAGAAUCUAAUUUAGAUUUAUUACUUAAAAAAAUACACUUGGUAACUGACAAACAUCAAAACGACGAAGUUCUUGAAACUUGUGCCAAAACUUUAGAAAUUCUUUGUUCAAAAAACAAUUCUACAUUAGCUACCAGGUGUAGUGUUCAAAAAAGUACACUAAUGGACACCAUUACUAAUAAACACAGAGAAUCUAUGGACGAUUGGAACAAUCUAAUUGAAGGAAAUGAAAAACCUGACGAUGAUGAAAUCUACAAUGUGGUAAAUAGUAUGAAAAAGAUUUCUAUACUUUAUUCAUGCCAUAACUUAGGGCCUUGGAAUUUGUGGGAUAUAAUUUUCAAAGACUUAAAAAUGGCCCAUGAAGGUUCAAAACCACUACCAGAAGAAGCUAUCAAAUAUAGCAUUGCUGCGUUUCUGGGAAAUCUCAUUUAUGACUCUGACAAAGAACUUCAAGAUUUAUUGAAUAAUUUUAUUCAAAAAAAUGUGUUUGUUUAUGAAGAAGAAGGUGUUCAAGAUGAACAUUCAAAAAUUGAAGAACUACAUGAAAGAAGCAACUUUUUAGCAUCUUAUUGUAAAUUAAUUGUGUAUGGGAUGAUUCCGGUUACUUGCGCAGCAGAUAUCUUUAAGCAUUAUGUCAAAUCAUAUAAUGAAUAUGGAGAUAUUAUUAAGACUACAAUUGGAAAGGCCCGUGAAAUUAAUAAAGUAAUUUGUGCCAGAACUAUGGUUGUCAGUUUAAUCACAUCAUUUAGAGAACAACAAAUCAACUGUGGCACGUUCCGUAUCUCAAGAUCUUCUCAAGAGUUUAGCAGUUUAAAGGAAUUGGCCAAAAGAUUUGCUUUAUCAUUUGAAUUGGAUGCAUUAAAAAAUCGUGAAGCUAUGGCAGCUUUACAUCGUGAAGGUGUUUUAUUCGCUGUAGGUACUGAUGAAGGAAUUGCUCAAGAUGAUCCAUCGGUACCACCUCCACAUGUUGCAUUUUUGGAGAUAUUAGCAGAAUUCACCAACAAACUUCUUAAACAAGAUAAACGCAUUGUUCUUAACUAUUUGGAUAAACACAUAACAUCAGCAGUUCCAUCAAGUCUAACUUCACGGCGAGCAUACACACGUAGAAACAAAAAAGAAACUUAUGACGAUGAUGAUGAUGAAGGGUCAGAUCAAGAUUUUGGAACUCCAAGUAUACAGAAUGAAGCACCAUUAAAGAAAAGGAAAUCAAAGAUUAUUAAAUCACAAGAUAACCGCUCUGAAUUGAACUCUGAUGAAACUAAUUGGUCGGACAGUACUGUAGCUGGUGGCUCUCGUCCAACACGUCAAUGCAUAAAUCGGUCAAUACCCUAUCGUUAUAUUCAAGAAGACGAUGAUUAA